AGAUAUACGCAACAGUAUACUACUGAAUAAUUUCUAGGUCCGGGUGGUAAAGUUAAAAGUUUUGUGAGUGCCUAUUUGCUUGCAAAAGUCGUGUCGCCCUGUGGGACACUGGAAAGGAGCCGGCAUGCGGUCGGCUCGCCGCGCGGCAGUCGGUAACGCUCGCUCGCGGGGACGGCCGUGUCGACCCCGCGUCUGAGCGCUCGCGAGUGUUGUGACACGCAGUGAAGUGCAAACGCGCUCCAUACUAUAGCUCUCCUCUUAUAGUAUUGUUCGAGUGACGCUUCGCUCAAGCAUGCUGAUGGUACAGACCAACGCCCAACCCAUGAAGACCAGCAAACUGAAGGGGCCGCCCCCCGUGCCACCGCGGCCCAACCAGAGUGUGGUAGCUGAGGCCCUUGCGAAGACGAGGAAGGCCGUUGCUGAAUCCAAGGUCAAUCUGUCGAAGUCGCGGGUGAAACCAGAAACCGCAAAAGCCAAAACAUUAGAACGAACCAAUGCCGUGAAUCAGACCACUGUUUCGCCCAAACAGAACGGUUUAGCACGAGUUAAGUCGUUCAUCCGCGAUGUCAUCAGUGAUCGAAGCUCUUCUUCCGACGAACGAAGGUCUAGCGGACAAAACUCUAGGCGGAGUUCGAGCGACAGUAGCUCGAUACCGACGCCGGCGCCGACGAAAAGAUCUAACGAGUCCCUAAACUCUAAAGCGGUGAAAACAUGUAAACAAAUUUUAGUGCGAUCUCUUUCCACUUCUAACAAGUUAGACCAAGACGCUAAGUGUAAAGUGACGAAAUCGUCAAGUUUUGCUGAGAAAACAUUGCCAUUGAGGAAAGCUCCUCCUCCGCCUUUAUCACCUAAACCUAAGUUGAAACCAAUGAAGCCUUUACCUAUACAGAAAAAGUCUACAAGCAGUAACCGUAGUUCCCCAAAGCAAUCGCCGGAUAUAAGUCCUUAUUCAUCGCCAAUAGAUGCGAAGCCCCCACAGAGCCCUUUAUCAGAAGCGCCCUAUGCUACUGUGGAGGAAGUUCAGGAAUUCGAUGAUAGAUUACGUAACAGUCCUUCUAAGCAAGUCAAUAACACUCCGGAUACGCGCGAGGUUUCUACAAGCCCGAAACGUGACGACAAUGUAAAUAAAAAUACCAAUUCCUUAGAGCGAAAAACGUCAAGGGUCACCGAAUUGUUAAUUUCAGAAAUACUUGCGAGUCGAAACAAGGACGAUGCAAAUAUUGUUAUCGACAAAGGCAAAGACUCUGAGAAUCUGAAUGGUGUUGAUUCGCCGGAAAUUGAGUUGAUGAAGGACAUGAACAACCACGAGAUGUUGAUAUAUGAGUUGCAGACGAUGCACUCGCAGUCCAGCGUUCCCAGCGCGUUAGAAGCGAAGGACAUUAAUGAAAGAAACGGACAUUGUGAUUCUGAGGAUUCGGAAAAGAAUUAUGCUAUGUCUUCUGUCACAAGUGGAAAUACAGACGAUGGAUACGACCAAGCUUACGCUUACAUUUUGGACGAUGACCUCAAGUCUAGACUUCGCAAGCAGUUCCGCGCUAUCAGCACCAUGUCGCUCCAAGGGCUGCCUCCUCUGCCCAAGAGCCUCAGCGGAUUCGCAGAGGGAGAACCUGAGGACCAGGAGCCUCCGUCCUCGCCCUCCGAUCCGCCCCCCACUGACCUCGACUCGCAGCUCACGUAUCUGAAGAAAGAAAUGGCGUCGCUCCGGCAGCUGGACCUGUCCCUGCUCUCGGAGCUGUGGUCGCUGAGCGAGGCCAUGGCGUCGUGGCGGCGUCAGCUCGAGCGCACGCCCCGGCUGCGGCCCGCGCCGCCGCCGCCGCCCCCGCCGCACUACUUAAGAACCUAAUAAAUAUAUUAAAUAGAUUAA